GCUCGGCCUCGGCCUGGCCGGCGGCGGCGGCGGCGGCGGGCGGCGCCGAAGGCUUCUUCUGGAGCGCGCGGCGGCCCGACGCGCGAGAGCAGCCCUCCGGGCGUCGGCCGCGCGGCGCCGUCCCCCGACAUGCAGAGCACGCAGCGUGCAAACUCGCGACACGACGGCGGGCUCAGCAGUUCAGCACCAGCCGUUCGGCUCGCCGGCGGCGCGCCAGAGGGGAGCGGGGCAGCGGUGGGUCGACCCGAUUCCAGGGGAGGGGCGGUGCUUGUCCCAUCCAGAAUACUCGUCCUGUUGGCAGCGCCUGGCGGACGCGGGCGCGACUGGAGAGCCCGCGGGCCGCGAGGGACACCUCGUGCACGCUGGCGCGGGUGAGAAAGCAGAAGGCACGCCGAGGCGGAGGAGGGGAGGAGGAGGCCCGGCCGAGGAGAAUCGAGAGCUGACCAUACACACGGCAUGCGAGGGCUACCAAGAUCAUCUGUGCUGGACCGCCCGGGCGGUGCUGCACGCGCUGUCAGAGCUGCUGCCUCUCUGGCAGCACACGCGGCAUGAGAUCCCCAGAGAGCGCGUCGUGCACGUUCGCCCCUGAAUUCCCGGGAUAUCUCAGAGCAGCGGUCCGACCCUUGUGGGAAGAGGGUCGCACUCGAAACGAAUCUGCAGCUGCAAGAAUGCGCUGCGACAUUCGACCAUGAAGUCGAAAUGCGAAGGCUCUAGGGGGCCACACCUGCAGCAAAGAGUACAG